AUGGCAACCAUUACUGCUAGCACUCCAACCUCAUCAAUCACCAGGGCAAGUCUGGUGCACAAGCCAUCUGUUGGGGCUCCACCCGCAACUGUGUUGGCUUUGCCAUCACUUGCAAGGAAGGGGAAAGUGAGUUGUUCCAUGGAGGGAAAGAAGGAGAGCAGCAACUCAAAGAUGGGCAAGGGUGCAUCUUUGGCUGCAGCAGCUAUGGCUGCAACCAUGUCAAGCCCAGCCAUGGCUUUGGUGGAUGACAGAUUGAGCACAGAAGGAACAGGGCUUCCCUUUGGCUUGAGCAACAACAUUCUUGGCUGGAUCCUCUUUGGUGUGUUUGGCCUCAUCUGGACCUUCUACUUCAUCUACACAUCCUCUCUGGAAGAGGAUGAAGAGUCAGGAUUGUCCCUCUGA